AUGGAGCCCACCGUGGAGCUGGCAGAUGACCCCAGGUUCCCCCGCUCGCUGGUGGAGAUGCUGAUAACCAACUUCAGCGUGCCGGCAGCCUGCUUCUCCCUGCCGCCCACCUCCCGGCAGCUGCUGCAGGAGCUGGACAUGGUCCAACUCUCCAUCAUGGGCUUGGCCACCAUCCUGACGCUGGUGUCGGUCGCCAUCUACGUGGAAGAGGCCAUCUACCUCACCCACAAGAUCCGCUGCCCCAUCAAGAUGAAGACCCUCCGCUGGAGCAGCUCGGCCCCCACGGUUGUGGCCGUGUUCAGCUGCUUCGGGCUGUGGAUCCCGCGCUCCAUGAUGGUGGUGGAGAUGGCGACCACGAUGUACUUCGCCAUCUGCUUCUACCUCCUGAUGCUGGUCAUGGUGGAGGGCUUUGGGGGCAAGGAGGCGGUGCUCAGCACCCUGAAGGACGUGCCCAUGGUGCUCAACACCGGGCCCUGCUGCUGCUGCUGCCCCUGCCUGCCCCGAAUCACCAUGAGCAGGAGCAAGCUGCGGUUGCUGAUGCUAGGGACUUUCCAGUACGCCUUCUUGAGGACGGCCGCCGUCUUCCUGGGGCUGGUGCUGUCUGCUGACGGGAACUACAACCCCGCUGAUAUCUCGGCGGAGAGCGUGGCGCUCUGGAUCAACACCGUCGUCGGUGCCUCCACCCUCUUCGGGCUGUGGGCUCUGGGCAUCCUCUUCCGGCAGGCCCGGCUGCAUCUGACGGAGCAGAACAUCAAGGCCAAGUUCACCUGCUUCCAGGUUCUCCUCAUCCUGACAGCGCUGCAGCCCGCCAUCUUCAGUAUCCUGGCCAACAACGGCAACAUCGCCUGCUCGCCGCCCUUCUCCUCCAAGGCCAGGUCGCAGCAGAUGAACAUGCAGCUGUUAAUCCCGCAAACCUUCAUCCUGGCCGUGGUGACGCGGAUAUACUACCGCAAGCAGGAUGACAAGCCGGGCUACCAGCCCUUCAACAUCACGCCCACCAGCAGCAACGCCAAGGUGUGA